UAAUGGAAAAACGCAGAAGAUAUUUUGCGAUGAAUGAAAGUGGAAUGUGGAUUGAGGAGUGAGAAGUGAGUUUGAGCAUUGCAGUGAUGUUGCAGUUUCAGCAUUGCCACCAUCAACACCAACACCUUCUCCUCUCAAACCCACUCUCACUCUUCUCUCACCAUAACAACCACAACCCCUCUCUCUUCUUCUUCUCCUCUUCUUCUUCUUCUUCUUCUUCUUCUUCCAUGCGCAUCCAUUCUCCGGCAGCACUUCCUCCACCAGCUUCAUCGUGGUCAUGGCUCACCCACCUUGCCGCAGAACUCACCACCGCACCGGCGGACCAAGGCCCUAUUGAGCUCCCCUUCUCCUCUACUCAGUCCAUUUUCGCCACCACCGACGAUCCUUCUCCCAUCCAAGUUGCCUCCAGCGUUCUCCUCACCGGCGCCGUCUCUAUCUUCCUCUUCCGCGCCCUCCGCCGCAGGGCCAAACGUGCCAAGGAAUUGCAAUUUAGGUCUUCAGGAGAAAAGAAGUCAAUAAAGGAAGAAGCAUUAGAUACCUUGAAGGCUAUGGGGUCAUCUUCAAUUGAAGAUGCUAAGGGUCCACCUUCACCUGUUCAGGCAUUUCUUGGGGGAAUAUCAGCCGGAAUUAUUGCUCUCAUUCUUUAUAAGUUUGCCACUACGGUGGAGGCAGCUCUUAACCGCCAAACAAUUUCGGAUAAUUACUCGGUUCGCCAGAUUACAAUAACCAUAAGGACAAUAUUGAAUGGCUUGACCUACCUUGCGACAUUUGUUUUCGGCAUCAAUUCGGUUGGUUUAUUCCUUUAUUCUGGCAAGCUUGGCAUAGACUCUCUAAUGGGAGGAUCAACCGAAAAGGAAACCGAAAGCAAAAGGAAAAGCACUGAUCAGUCAAGUUUAUCGAAUUCGUCGGUUGAGAGUCCCACAAAUAACACUGAAUUGAGCAGCAGUAGCAAGGGAGAACAAAGUUCAAAUGAUGGUCAGUGAUUGAGAACUGAAGUAUAGUGAAGUUGAAUUGCAGGAAUGGGCUUGCACCUUUGUGAGUAUUGUAGAUGGUCAGUGAAUUUUGAUGCACUUAUUUACCCCUCAUUAUUCUUCUUACUGAAUGUCAAAUAUAUCAGUUUUGUUUGAUAGGAAGUGGAGAGUAAUAAUAUCAUUCCUUAUUAAGAUAAGCAGCAUCAAUGGUGAUGUUGGGCACAUGAUUCCUAUA